AAUAAAUGUUCUUGUUCUUGUUAUUCGGUGCUCCUCAAAUAGUGCAGAUGUAAACAUAAUUAAGGUCAAACUUUAAGGAAUAAGUGUAAUUGUUGAAACAAAUUUAAGUACAUUGGAAUCGAAUCGUGUUAUCCUCGGAGUUUUAGUGGAUUAUAGUGAUAAUAUUUCUCAACUCUUAUCUUCAGUGGGCCGAAUCAUAAUAUCAUCAGUGGUCGAGAGUUUGAGACGAUGGUGCUUCAGUUUGCUCGUCGUCCGCCCGCGUCACUGAUCGAUCCUCGUAGCGUUUCUCGUUUUCUUUUCCCAGUUGCAUCGGAAAGAACAAUGUCUUCUAGUCCAAGCAAAAAGCUUGAAGUUCUAGUCACAAGAUCGGACUACUUACCAUCAUCCAUCGAACUCUUACGACAACAUUUUGAUGUUGAGUGUUGGGAUAAUGUCAACAAUGGUCCAUUGAAGAAGGAAAAAUUUUUGCAGCUCAUCAAAGGAAAGUUUGGCGUGUACACAAGCACCAGUGAGCCUGUAGAUGAAGAUGUGAUCGCUGCUGGAGUUCCGUCUUUGCGGGUGGUGAGCACGAUGUCAGUUGGUGUUGAUCAUGUUUGCCUACAAGCCCUUAAAGAUAACAAUGUGCGACUCGGAUACACUCCUGGAGUUUUAACGGAAGCUACAGCAGAACUCACUGUGGCCCUGCUGUUGGCAACCUCUCGAAGACUGAUGGAAGCUGCCGCCAAUGUCAAAAACGGAGGAUGGACCUCAUGGUCACCCCAAUGGUUGAAUGGUCAAGGACUGCAUGGCUCUAUUGUUGGUAUUGUCGGUUAUGGUAGAAUUGGGCAUUCAAUCGCAGUUAAAUUAAAAGGAUUUUCACCCAAGCAGAUCCUGUACACAAGUCGGAAAGAAAAACCAGAGG